GUCGAAUCGUGCAGGGUGUUGGUGGAGUGUAGAGUAGCUAGGGUUCAUCAUCAGCAUCCGUUGCGAAUGUAGUGUUUUUCGGCUGAGGAGCAAGAAAGUGAAGCACUUGAGACAAUCUAAGAAACGCAUCUGCUUUUGUAAAGAUGUCGUACACCACCCAAAAACAGUUCCUAAGCAUUGCGUUCCCGAACGAAGGUCCAACACUACCGAGUCGCAAGCGUAGCGAUGCAGUACUGAAAUCGUACAGUUCUUGCUACGACCAUCGUGCUUGGUCUCGAGAUGGGUUGAAGCAGUCGCAGUUCAUUGGGGAUGUCGCCAAUCGAGCACUAUCGCAGGCUGCAAAACUUCCGCUACACUUCUUCUCCGGGGCAGAACUAACGAAAGAAAUUCUAGUUCGUCUGGAUGCUGAUAAUCUGGCCGAUUAUAUCCUGAGUCUAAGGGAUGAGGCGAAAAAGAAGCAUAACUCGAUCGAAUCGCUAGAACAGACCAAACAAGAGCUGGUGAAACGAACCGAAACACUCGACGAAAAAGUGAAUGCAUUACAAGAAGAGAACCGCCUGCUGAGUGCUGAAAUCGAACGGAUCGUUGCAUGUCAGGAUCAGCAACGUGAAACGAAUCAGUUCGAUGAGCAGGAACUCGCCGAAAUUAGCCAAAUGAUCAUUGAUCUACGGGACUAUAACGAAGAUCUCGAACAGGAAAUGCAGAUCUUGCGGGGCCAGUUUAAAGCAUUACAAACGGCCGCAGAUCCUGCAGGUGGUGAUAAUCAGGAUGAUCGGGCAAACAUUGAGGCUGAAAACAAUUUUCUCAAGUUUAAGGCGAAGGACUAUGACCGAUUGGAAAGUGAACUGACUUUGUUUAAAGCCGAGUAUGAUAACUUGACGCAACAAAAGCGUGAGCUGGCAGAAGAAGCGCAGCGCGCACAGCAAUACCGAUUGAAGGCAGUCGAGCUGAAACAGAACCUUAAAGACGAACUACACCGUAGAGAAAUGUGUGAGGAUCAGAUUGAAAUGUUGGUGAACAUGUAUGAACAACAAUCAGUUGAGUUGAAUCAACUGAAGGGUCACGUAAAAAUGUUGGAUCGAUCAUCCCAUGAUCGUCUUUUCGAUGAAUCAACGAAUGGAUCCCAAACACCCAUGACCGAAACAACGAUAGAAAAUAUCCCUCAUGAAGAUCGUGAAAUAGCAGAUGAAACCACGUGCCCGAAUUGCGCCGAAUAUCUGCAACAAAUUCAAGAACUUAAUAAAUGUAUCAUUGAGCAGACGCAACAUGUCGAAGACCUUAAACAACAAAUCGAGUCCAGAGUAGGAACCGAACCCAUUCAAGGUACCAGUGGUACGAAGACAAUGACUGAUGAGAGUGCAGUAUAUCAGCAGCAAUUAUUCGAUCUUCAGGAAGAAUUAACAGAGUGUCAAAGGCAAUUACAGGAAACAACGGAUAAGUAUGCCGUUCUGCGCGAAACUUCCAUGGCCGAUUGUAAAGAAUUGGGACGGUUGAAGCUGCAUCUAGAACAGCUAACCAGUGACACAUCAUCGGAUGUGACGGUAGGACAAAUGGAACUACUUGCAGCAAAUGAGAAGCUAAAUGCAUUAGAGGAGGAAAAUGGAAAGCUUCGGGAAGACUUAGCCAAAUUGCAAUCAUCAGGUACUCCGAAUCAGAAUGAUACUGCAGGUGGUACGGAAUGUUGUGUAGAAAAGAACAACAAAAUUACUCAGCUGGAGCAACUCAUUUCCGAAUUAAAAGACGUCCCUAAUGCGAUGCCUGUGACCUCCGGUAGUAUGGAAGAAAAUGCAAGCCUGCUCCAAAGAAUAUCUAAUCUUGAAAAAGACCUGCAGGAAAGGGAACAGAAAUUGAAAACGUUACAAGAAGCAUUAGAAAAGGGUGGCGGUCCGCAGGAAGCUGGUGUCGAUAGUGCUGAGUUGAAUUCGUUGUUAUCCCAGCUGGCCGAAAAGAACGAAUUGAUUGAGCAGCUCGAGAACAAGCUAAACAUUCAGGAGACCGCUGAAGGAAAGGCUUCAAUGCCUGCCGAUGACGCUCGUGCAUGUCAGGAAGAGCUUGCUGAACUGAGAAACCGUCUGGCAAUGUACGACGCGGAUGCAAUAGACAAGGUGGUGUCUAAUCCUUCUAAGGAAUCGAGAAAGAGCGUCCGAAUUAGUGAUGAAAUAGAACAAUUUGAACCACUUUCCAUCAAGGAAGAGCUGGGCAGUGAGCAGGAUGAGAAAGAAACGGAGGAAAUAAAGGCCGAAUCGGAGAGCGAUGCCGACAACGACGAAGAUGCGUACGAUGAUGACGAUGCGAACGGUGAUGCCUUAGGAGCUUCCGUUGGGCGCAACAAACUGGACAGUUCACUCGAAAAGCUCGAGAAACUGCAGGAGAAUCUUAACAAACGCUGUACGUUGAAGGGACGCAGCUCGAUGGGUCCGUUGAGAAGUGGAACGACUGCAUGCGACUGUAUCCAAGCGAUAGCUCUCAAGAUAGCUCAGGGCGGUCUAGAGUUGCUGUUAGUGGCGGAGCUGUACGUGUUGCUGCAGGAAAUUUGUAGUGCCAUCACGCGGAAGAAUGCCGUGCUCGGUCGUAAUGUGACGGUACUGGCCAACAGCAUGACCAAGUGCUGGCAGGCCAUCACGGAUGCACGGGUCAUGAUGAACAUGGAGUUGACGAACCGUACUAACCACCAGUCGGUUCAGUCGGCCGAAUGCUUGAAUGUGCAGCAGGAUGAGGACAACCGCAGCCGAACCGCUAGUCAUAUGGGCCAUCUGAAUCGAUCUAGCCUUUGGACGGGCAUGCUAGAAACGAGACCAUCAAUCCCGGUACAUAAAUCGCUGUCAGUUGGAAGUGACGAUAACAGACACUCAAAUGUAACGUCUGUGGAUAUCCAGAGACGUCGAACUAUUAAAUGGAUGGAAAAUGUGAAACAAAUUCAUCAGAGAAGUUAAAAGAACAUUUCAUGGCGGAGUAGUCCUUCAUUUGACCGUAGUUUGGAAUGAUUAAAAAACUCCUAAUAAAUUCGAAUAUUGCUGAUAAAUUAAAGAACAA